ACAAUACACAUGGAUGGUGAUCAGAUUAUUGUGGAAGUACAAGAAACGUUUUUUUUAUCUAAUUCAGAUGUAACUGUCCAUAAUUUUAUUCCUGAUGAUCCAGACUCAAUUAUAAUCCAAGAUGUUAUUGAAAAUGUUGUUAUUGAAGAUUUUCAUUGUUCACAUAUUUUAGAGGAAACAGAUAUAUGUGAUAAUGUCAUCAUUCCUGAGCAAGUGCUUGAUUUAGAUAUAACUGAAGAAAUAUCUUUAGCACAGUUCCCAAUUCCAGACCUGUUAGCUUCUAGUAUUACAUCAACCUCCUUGACUAUGCCUGAACAUGUGUUGAUGAGUGAAGCUAUACAUGUGUCUGAAGUGGAACAUAUUGAACACGUAAUUCACAAUAGCAUAGUAGAAACAGAAGUCAUCACUGACCCUCUGACAGCUGACAUUUCAGAAAUAUUAGUAGCAGAUUGUGCUUCUGAAGCAAUCUUAGAUUCCAGUGGGAUGCCUUUGCAACAGCAAGAUGAUUCCAAAAUCAACGCUGAGGACUGUCUUAUGAUUUCUUUGGAUGAUGCUGGCAAAACAGAUCAUGAAGGUUCCACUGAGGUUACCAUGCAUGCAGAACCAGAAAUAGAUCAUUAUAGACUGGAUGGCACAUGUCCUGAAGUUAUCAAGGUGUACAUUUUUAAAGCUGACCCUGGAGAGGAUGACCUAGGACAAACUAUAGACAUUGUAGAGAGUGAAACUAACAAUGAUGAUGGAGCUGAACUAUUUGAUCAGAACAGCACUAUUCAUGCUCCCAGAGACAAAAUGGUUUAUAUGACUAUCAGUGACUCUCAGCAGGAAGAUAAAGAUUAUAGUAAUAAUUCAGUGGGUGAAAACCAGAAUGUCACUGCAAGGCCUGUCUCUCACCUAGAUGAGUCUGGUGACCUUGACAGACUGCCAAAACGAAAACUAAAGAAAAAAAGAAGACAUGCGUCCAGACACUAUCCAACUGCAAUAAUUGUUGGUCCUGAUGGACAACCUUUAACAGUCUAUCCUUGCGUGUUUUGUGGAAAGAAAUUUAAGUCUAAAAGUUUCUUGAAAAGACACUUGAAAAAUCAUCCUGAACACUUGGCCAAUAAAAAAUACCACUGCACUGACUGUGAUUACAGUACCAACAAGAGGAUAAGUUUACAUGAUCACCUGAAGAGGCACAAGAUGACCAGUAAGGCUGGAAAGGACACAGAGUGUGAUGAGUGUGGGAACCAUUUCUCCCAUGCUGGGGCUUUAUGUAUUCACAAAACAACUCAUGGAGAGAAAGAAGCCAGCAAAACAUACAAGUGUAAGUUCUGUGACUAUGAAACAGAUGAACAAGCGUUAUUGAAUCGCCACCUUUUGGCAGUCCACAGCAAGAAGUUUCCUCACAUUUGUGUAGAGUGUGGUAAGGGUUUCCGUCACCCGUCAGAGCUCAAAAAGCACAUACGCGUUCACACUGGAGAGAAGCCCUAUGAAUGCCAGUAUUGCGAGUACAAGUCUGCAGACUCCUCUAACUUGAAAACACAUGUAAAAACUAAGCAUAGUAAGGAGAUACCAUUGAAAUGUGACAUCUGUGUGCUGACUUUCUCAGACACUAAAGAGGCACAGCAACAUGCUCUUACCCACCAAGAAAGCAAAACACACCAGUGUUUGCACUGUAACCAUAAGAGUUCAAACUCAAGUGAUUUGAAGCGACACAUAAUUUCAGUUCACACAAAGGACUAUCCUCAUAAGUGUGAGAUGUGCAACAAAGGGUUCCAUAGGCCUUCAGAACUCAAGAAACAUGCAGCUACCCAUAAAAGUAAAAAAAUGCACCAGUGUAGACACUGUGACUUUAAGAGUCCAGAUCCGUUUGUGCUCAGUCGCCAUAUUCUCUCAGUUCACACAAUGAGUGUCCCAUUCAAGUGUAAGAGAUGUAAAAGGGGAUUUCGACAACAGUGUGAGCUUCAAAAUCAUAUGAAGACACACAGUGGCAGGAAAAUGUAUCAGUGUGAGUACUGUGAAUAUAGCACUACAGAUGCCUCAGGCUUCAAGCGACACGUUAUCUCCAUUCAUACCAAAGACUAUCCUCACUGUUGUGAGCACUGCAAGAAAGGAUUCCGGAGACCCUCGGAAAAGAAUCAGCAUAUAAUGAGACAUCAUAAAGAAGUUGACCUACCCUAA